AGUGGUGAGGACGGGCGAGAGAAAUUUGAUGAAAAAUCAAACGAAGUAAACUACAGGUACUUAGAGAGAAAAUCGGAUUCUGCCGAUGGAUCUAUAUGUUACUGUGACGAAUACUGCGUUAAACAUUCUGAUUGUUGCUCAGAUUACGCCUCAUAUUCUCAAGAUUGUGUAGUCGAUAAUUGGGGCAAAUGGUCUUCUUGUAUCCCGGACGACAAAAUACGAGGAUGUGGUACUGGAGUUCAAGCUCGAAGAAGAAGGAUCAGCAAACUGCCAAAGGGUGCCGGUAAAGACUGUUCUCCUUUAUUGGAAGAAAGAACUUGUUUCAAACAGUGUCGAAAUCGUCCUUCGAGAGAUACAAAAACAGCUGCUCUACUGUUGGACUACAAAUAUCAAAAAAUUGGUGAAAGAAAGAUCAAUUUUGGGCACCGUUACAUUCAUCUUUUUUCAGUUGUUAUUUGCAGUUACUGCGUGAAGUACAGGUUAGGAUGGGUGAACCAUAACUGUGUGGAUUCCAGAUAUAAACAUAUGCUUUACAAAGGAAACGUUAUUUGUGCGGAGUGUCAACCAGAUGCACAAAUGCAUCGACCUGAUGCUCGUUGUGCAAUGGACUUAGAGGAUGGCAAAACUGGUUUCUGGAAACUGUUAGGGUCACAGUCAUGUAAUGGCAUUUGGACGCGGUUGUCUCGAGUUGACAACUGCAAAUGUUACAAAUCCUUCAAUAGUACCGACUCGUUUCUGUUUGUUUAG